AUGGCAGUAAGUCCCUCGAAAGCAGCAACCACAGGAGCAGCAGCAACAACGGGAGCAGCAGCAGCAGCAGCAGCAGCAUCAACAGCAGCAGCAGCAGCAGCAGCAGGAGCAGCAGCAGGAGCAGCAGCAGCAUGCACCACUGCAUCCGCCCUACCACCCAGCCUCAUGGCCUUCUUGGCAUCCCAGGCUGCAGAGGCUGUUUCUGCUGGAAAGAGCCGUCCAAAUUUAGCCACCCAGCAGCAGCAGCAGCAGCAGCAGCAGCAGCAGCAGCAGCAGCAGCAGGAGGAGGAGGGGGCACGGAAGGAGGAAGGGGACGGGCAGCUUUCACCAGAGGCUCCUGCUUGGCAGCGCAGCUUUGCUGCAGCAUUUGCUGCUGCUCAUGCGACCCCUGCAGCCCAUGCAACCUCCUUGGCUCAUGUUAAUUCCCCUGCUCCUACCAGUGCCGCAGUUGCUGCUGGUUCCACUGCUCCUGUUCCCUCCGCCCCUGCUCCUUCCGCUCCUGCAUGCAUUCCCCUUCCUAAUCCUGCUCCGCCUGCUCCCACUUCUGCUCUCUCUCCUCCCACUGCCCCCAGCGCGUUUGCUGCUUUACUGAAAGUCAGUGAGGCAGCUAUCCCCUCCACCACUCUCCACCAGCCCAAUCACAGCCUCAACUCCUCUGCAUCCCUUCACCAACACCAGCAGCACCAGCACCAGCAGAACUGCCAAAACCACUUCACACAUCCGCCUUUUCAUGCAGCAGCCCCUGCAGCUGCAGCAGCUACACCACCCACUGCAGCACCAGCAUCCCAUUUGGCAACUCCCAUCAAUAGCACCUCUCCAUUCCUCCCUCCCUGUCGCCACCCCAAUCCUCCCUCUCCCUCUCCUCCCUCUCCCUCCCCUCCCUCUCUUUCCUCUCCCCCGUCGCCUCCCUCCCUCCCCUCCUCCUCACCUGCUUCCUCCUCCAACCCUUCCUCCUCCACCUGUCCCCUCACGACCCUCCGAGCCUCUCUCCCGAACCUCCCGCUGCCGGGCCUGCCGCUGCCAAGCCUGCUGUCAUGGCACCGCAAGGUGGAGGGGGAGGAGGCGGCGCUGCUGAGGGAGCAAGCAGCCGCUAUCUGGCAGGUCUCUAAGGUGUUUUUCUGCCUGCUGUCACAUCAGGUGCAAUGCCAGGUGCAGGCACGGGCACAGCAGCAGCAGGCACGGCCGCAGCUACAGCAGCUGCUGCAAAUCAUCCGACUAGUGGCAGUGAGCAAGCAGAACAGCAUCAAGCUAGAAGCGCUGGGGUAG